UCUCUUGAUUUUCUGUUGUUAUUUAAUUGAUAAACUUUUUGGGGGGGGGCGCCUCUCCAGAUAACCUACACAUCUAAUUUAAUAAACAUAGCGCAAUGGUUCAACUGACCAGAAUCCUCAGGAUGGCUUGCCGAGACCAGCAGGGCGCCAACUUCUUGAACGAAGGCAAGAAAAUUGUGGGAGUAGCUCUCAACUACAUGGAUGUCGUGAAAGCCAGGAACGUUCCUGUGCCCUCUGAACCACUAGUCUUCCUGAAACCCACAACAUCGUAUCUCCAGGAGGGUCAACCAAUAAUCUUGCCCAAAGUAUUCACCAAGGUUGCCUAUGAAGUGGAACUGGGCGUCGUGAUUGGAAAACCCUGCAAAAAUGUAUCCAAAGCUGAUGCCAUGAAAUAUGUGGCAGGAUACUGCCUGGCAUUGGAUCUUACGGCUCAGUGCAAUUUGGGGGCAGCCCGAGCAGCCGGUCAUCCAUGGACCUUGGGCAAAGGAUUUGAUACCUCUACGCCUGUCUCCAAGUUUAUACCACUCGACCAAGUGAAGGACCCACACAACCUGCCUCUUUGGCUCACUGUCAAUAAAGAUGUUAAACAAAAGGGCUGCACUGCAGACUUGAUAUUUAAGGUACCCGACAUUAUUUCGUACGUGUCAAAGUACAUGACCCUGGAGCCUAAUGAUCUAAUCCUGACCGGAACGCCCAAUGGUUCCGAUGCUUUCAAGGCUGGUGAUGUGAUUGAAUGCGGAAUGGGUGAUCUAGCCAAAUUAACUUUCCAAGUGUGUGCUGAAUAAAUAGAGAAUGGCUUAGCCAUUUUUCUAAUGAUUUAUA